GCUUUGCAACCACACGCUACACCACCAUCAUGGCAUCUCUAACUGUGCGUCGAAGGGUCGUUGCAGGGCCACCUACGGGAGCUGGACCCAGGGUCAACGAGCAUGAAACAGCACCCCUCCGACCCCGCCGUGGCAUCAUCAUCACCCCAGAGCCCCCACCAAAGAAUUGGCAGCAGCAGGGUGCCGGAGACCACCUCAGCCACGCCCCGAGGAGUCCCAGCGCCGGGAGGAGGAGCGCCACCACGAGCCAUCGGGGACGGAUCGUCGUCGCCGAAGUUCUUGCACAACCUGAGGGUGUGGGCCUUCGGCGGGCCCUGCGUUGGAGUGCUGCUGCUCCUGGGCGGUCGGCCGACGUCCCUCGGGGUGGCGUUCGGCGUCAUGGCCUGCUACUGCUUCGACCUUGCGGACAAUGCGGGGGGAGCGUUGGUAUCCGUGUGGGGGGCCGUCCUCUGGAGCGCGGGGACCCUGCUGUGGGCCGGCUCUACGCUGGGGCUGGUCCACAAGGCCAACGUCUUGGCGUGCGUCUUGCUCGUGGGCGUGUGGGCCACGCUUCAGUUCGGGACCAUCUACCGCGACGGCCCCGACGCCGCGCGACUCCUGGAAAGGUGGGCGUAA